GGGGGUAUAUUUAAAAUUAUCUUUAUAAAAUUUCACAAGAAGUUGAUGGCCCAAUGUUGGCUUAAUCUAGCCCAAAACAUUAGUUUUCUUCGACUCGAAUAACAAAAGCCUGACCCAUUUAAUUUAUUUCAACUUACAAUUUGUAAUUUAUUUUGGAAAAUUUCCCAGUCACGCAUUAGGGCUUCGUUUUCUCCCAUUUUUCUCACUGAAAAUCAAAAUUUGCUGGUGGGAAUCUCCGAUGGCCUCACUCUUUAAGGAUCCGACAAAAUUGUCGGCCUAUAGGGACAGAAGGUUUUCCGGGACGCAGGAAGAGUACGAGGAGGCGCUGCUGACAUCGACCACCGUCUACGUGGGCAACAUGUCGUUUUACACGACGGAGGAGCAGGUGUACGAGCUGUUCUCUCGGGCGGGGGAGAUAAAGAAGAUGGUUAUGGGUUUGGAUAAGAACAGCAAGACCCCUUGCGGGUUCUGCUUCGUAAUGUACUACUCCAGAGAAGAUGCUGAAGAUACUGUGAAAUAUAUCAGUGGGACUAUUCUCGAUGACCGUCCUAUUCGUGUCGACUUUGAUUGGGGGUUUCAAGAAGGCAGACAAUGGGGACGUGGGCGGAGUGGUGGGCAGGUGCGGGAUGAAUAUCGUACAGACUAUGACCCAGGUAGAGGUGGUUAUGGAAAAAUAGUCCAGAAAGAGUUGGAAGCCCAAAGGCAGCUAGUCGAUUAUGGUGCUGGAUCACUAGGUUCAUUUGCACCUGUUAUGCAACCUAACUAUGGUAGGCAAGGUGGAAACUACGGUCAAGGGGGCUCCUACCGUCAUGGCAGAGAUUACCCACGUAAGCGACAUAGAGAAGAUGACCGUCGUGGGCCAGAUUUUCAAAGGAGAAAGUCAGACUUUGUAUAUCGGAGAAAUCCAGAUAAUGAACCCAGACCGGAAAAAAAUCCGCGAUUUCGAGAGAGCGGGGAUUCAGAUGAGGAGGAGGACGAUGAUCGUAAGCGGCCAUCGUAGGCAACAUCAGCCAGUUGGAUACUUUAGAUAGAAGUAUAUGCCCAACUCUAUGCUUUGCUCCAAAAUGUGAUCUUCCCACCAUUUGUGCAAAGCAUUACUGCUUAAGUUUUGUGGAUUUUUCUUGUAAAACUUCGAAUAGUUGAGCUAAGCUGCUGUAGAUUUAAACUGGAAUACUUCUCUCCCAUUCGACUUGUACUUGCGCAUAAUUAUUAACAUUAUUAAUUAUUUUAUUUUA